CUCAUGCUUGUGUUUUUCUCUCCAGAGAAGAGCUUUCGUUCGUAGCAUCUGCACUGUGACAGAUCCGUCUGUGUGGGGGUGCAUGUGUGUGUAUGUGUGUGUGUGUGUGUGUGUGUGUGUGUGUGUGUGUGUGUGUGUGUGCAGGGAUGUCGGAUCGACGGAUGCGGCGAUGAGGAGUGAGGAGUAAAAAAAGUGGGGAUGCUGGUUUCCCCCCCGCGGGACGUCGUGUUUGUUUGUUUUCCUCAGCGAGGUCAUUCGUGCGUCGGGGCUGGGGAUGGGGAGGGAGGAGGGGUGACCGCCGUGUGUGUGUGUGUGUGCAUGCGCGCCUGUGUGUGGAUAAAAUCCUCUGGCUGCUGCGGCUCUGGUGGGAAGCCACCCCCCCUCCCCCCUCCUCUCCCUCUCCCUCUCUUCCCCUCGGAGGGGUGAAGCUGCCUGUCUACCUCUCUGCACCUUCACAUGGUGAGUGUCAUCAAGUUGUCUUGAAGCCAAGGCAACUUGUUCACCAGAGUGGAUGUUUUUGUUUUUUGUUUUUGCUGCAGUGCUCUCUUUAAUGUGUUGCUGCUUCAUCUCUUUUGCGCACUUUUCCCUGUGACCAUGCAAGCAUUUGACCUUCACACACACUCAUUUUCUCUCCGAGCUGUCCCCCUUUCUCUUGAUUGUGAAUGUCAAUUUUUUUUCAUACACCCUACUUCCUCAUCCUCCGUGCUGCAUCAGUUGUAAGACACAGAAAUGGGUCAUGGCUCAGUUAGGAGUGUGUGUGUGUGUGUGUGUGUGUGUGUGUGUGUGUCGCGACGCAAAAUCUCCACUGCUUGCCGUGCAGGGAGAUCAUGCACACCCUCUUCCGUCCACCCCUGAGGCAUGAUGGGAGCAUCCAGAUGGAACGAACGGUUUCCUCCUCACAAGUGACUGACACUUGAUCCCCUCUGCAACACAUCGCACACACCCACUACCUCUCAUUCGCUCCUUUCCUCCAGCAAUCUUUUAUUCUCCUCUCAGUGUGAGCUGUCAUCUCCAGGCUGAAUUUGUUUUGCGCAAGGAGUGUUUGUUUUUUGUCUCAUAAACUAAAGGGGCAAACAAUAACAAUGAAUGGGGCUUUAUUUAUGAUAAGCAAAUCAAGUAGUUGUUCAUAAAACCCACUUUGAUGUGGCAAUGGUCCCUUGUCUGCUAUAGAUUUUAGAUAUAAUGUCUUGCAGCUUAUAUUGUGGUACUGCAGGCUAAUUGUGUGAGUAAUUAAUAGCCAAACCAAAUGUAUGUUAAAGGUACACUCCACUGAUUUAGUAUCACACUUAAAGUGGGGUCCUUGUGAGAAGCAGAUUUAUUCAUUUAGUUUUUUUAAUAAAAAAUGGUCAAAAGUAUUGGUCAAGUUCUAAAAAACACUGGGUUCUACACUUCCCAUAAUCCAAUUCUAUGACGUCAUCGAAUGUACUUUUUUUGCAGGAUUCUUCGAAUGUCAUGUUUUAUUACGUUACCACCCUAAAAAGAUGGAGAAUAUGGUUUGGUGUCAUUGUGGUUACGUAAAUGUGGUUUAUGGUGCUGUUAGCCAGCCCCAUUAGUACAGGUGCGUGCCUCGCUAGCAGUCUUUUCACUGCAGUGGAAAUGUUAUUUUUGAAAGGCUAAACGCUCAAAAAUAUGGAUUGAAGCAGAAUAUUUCGUUAGAUAAAAUCAAGUUAAUUUUGGAGAUGAUUACAUCUAUUUUUUUCAAUACAUUUUGACUUUUGGACUGAAGAAUGUGACAAUUACAGAGAUGACAACUAAACCCUUAAAUCAGAACGAGAUUAUAUUUGUGAUAAAUAUUGUGCAAGUGUGAAAGCAGCAAUCUCAAACAUCUCACAGUCUAUUUUUUUUUAUUUCCUGUAAUGAUUAGUGGCUUAUACAUAUAUAAAUACUAGCUACAGCCUGAAAGUGAAAUGUGAGUGUAUGAAAUGCUGAUUAUGUAUCUGGCACAUUGAAAUAACAGGCUACUGCUGCACACAUUCAUUUCCAUGAACUACUUGCUCCAAAUACUACUUGUAUCCAAACUAUUAGGUUGAGGAAUUAAAAUUUUUGAUAUACGAUACAUAAAAGUACAUAUUUAGAACUGGGAAUAUCAGUUACCCUUAAUCUAACAUUACUGUAGCUAUUGUUAGCUUUUCGUUAGCUGCCUAGGACUGUUCACCCACAGCUUGUAAGUUGUGUAUAUUGCCUGGUUUUGUAGUCACUAGGCAUUUUGUAGGCACUUCCUGUUACUGAGUUCUGAAGAGAACAGUUAUGUGUGCUGCCAAAAGCCUCAGCACCAUGUGACCUCAAUCGUGGCUUGGGUUACAGAAGUACCAUAGGGCUGUUAAAGUUUGAUGGAUACAUUGUUUGACUGGCCAAUGUCUCGGCACAGCAGCAUGAUGUAGGUUGAUAUUUGAUGUGUCAGUCCUUUGAGGGCCAAUAUUUAUAGUAAGCAAAGUCUCUAACGAGGCCGGCGUUGGACCGCUGCGCAACUUUAUCUCUUGAUAAAUUCUGCCCUGUCUGACCACUGCAGCUCCUGUUUAGAUACCUAAACCCCAGCGCAGUGAAUGGUUUACCACCACUGUGAGUAAAGGAGCAGGACGCUGAGCGCUGAUAUCUCCCCUGGUACGUGUUUCUAUUCACCGCAUCCAUCGGCUCCAAUGUUCCAAAGCAUCAGCGGCUGAUUAAAGAGCCGAGACGCUUCCCCAACCUCUAUCUCUGUCCCCAGUUCUACGCGGCUCAGCAGAAAAAUGUAGCUGAGUCACCAUCGUGUCACAAAUGAAAAUCCAGCGCACGGACCUCCAAGACAGCCACCCACCUCUACUGAAGUCUUCCAACUCUCAAGAGGGACUGAGAGUGUGAGUUUUUCUCUACAUGGGUCUGAGCCCCAUCGGAGGAGCCCCCACCGCCGCAGAGUCCCGCCACAGCCCUCCGCCUCAGGCUACCAGGCAGCGGGCAGACCUCUUGCCUUCCCCUCUUGUGGGGAGGCAGACAUCAUGGAGGAGUCCUCGUCCAAAGCCGAUGACUCCAGCACUCAGGACGAUGUGCCUCCCCUCGUUGUGAAGGAUGUCAACGUGCUGCUUGAGAGAGAAAGGUCAGAGGGCAUCAGCAGCCCAUCCAGAGACGACGACUCCACCCUGUUCAACCAGGGAACCAACAGCAGCAUCCUCGACGACAACACAAAGCCGGACUCUGGCGUCCGGGAGGGGAGGAGUAAGUCCAGCGGCCUUUGCUUCAGCGAUGGAAAGAGUCGCAUUGACUACAUCCUGGUUUACAGGAAGACCAGCUCGCAGUCAGAGAAGAGGGAGAUAUUUGAGCGGAACAUCCGUGCGGAGGGCCUACAGAUGGAAAAGGAGGCCUCUUUGACAAACAGUGACGUGAUUUUUCUGAAGCUUCAUGCACCAUGGGACGUCCUCUGUCGCUACGCAGAGCUCAUGAACAUUCGCAUGCCCUUCAGGAGGAAAAUCCUUUUCAUGCACCGACGGCAGAAGUUCAUGAGCAGGAUGGAGAAGCGCAUCAACAAGUUUCGCGGCUGGCUGCCCCGCAAGCCCAUGAAGUUUGACAACACUGCUCUGCCCGACCUGGAGGAGAACGAGAGCUUUACCGCCCCCUUCAGUCGAUCAAGGAUACACCAUUUCAUCAUCCACAACAAAGACACUUUUUUCAGCAACGCUACCAGAAGUCGCAUCGCUCACCACAUCCUCCAGCGGGUCAAAUAUGAGGAGGGUAAAAAUAAGAUGGGGCUUAAUCGUCUUUUGAGCAAUAGUUCAUAUGAGGCAGCGUUCCCUCUUCACGAGGGGAGCUACCACAGCAAAAACUCUAUCAGAACGCACGGAGCAGAGAACCACCGGCACCUGCUGUACGAAUGUUGGGCCUGGUGGGGGGUUUGGUACAAGUACCAACCACUGGACCUCAUCAGGAGGUAUUUUGGGGAGAAGAUCGGUCUGUACUUCGCCUGGCUCGGCUGGUACACAGGGAUGCUGUUUCCUGCAGCUCUGGUCGGCCUCUUGGUGUUCCUGUAUGGCCUCUUCACUCUGGAGCACUGCCAGGUCAGUAAAGAAAUCUGCCAGGCUACUGACAUCAUCAUGUGCCCCAUCUGUGACCAGUACUGCCCCUACCUGAGACUGUCAGACAGCUGUAUCUACGCCAAGGUCACCCAUCUUUUUGACAAUGGAGCAACUGUUUUCUUCGCUGUAUUCAUGGCUGUUUGGGCAACAGUCUUCCUGGAGUUUUGGAAGAGGCGCAGGGCUGUCCUCGCAUACGACUGGGACCUCAUCGACUGGGAGGAAGAGGAGGAUGAGCUACGCCCCCAGUUUGAGGCCAAAUACUCCAAGAAGGAGAGGACGAACCCCAUAUCUGGAAAGCCUGAACCUCACCAGGCUUUCAGCGACAAAUACAGUCGCCUCAUCAUCUCAGCGUCCGGGAUCUUCUUCAUGAUUCUGGUGGUGAUUGCCGCCGUGUUUGGCAUCGUCAUAUACCGCGUCAUCACCGUCAGCACCUUCGCCGCCUUCGACUGGGCCCUCAUCAGGAACAACUCUCAGGUGGCGACCACCGGAACGGCAGUGUGCAUCAACUUCUGCAUGAUCAUGCUCCUCAAUGUGCUCUAUGAGAAGGUUGCUCUUCUCCUCACUAAUUUAGAACAGCCAAGGACAGAGUCAGAGUGGGAGAACAGCUUUACCCUCAAGAUGUUCCUUUUUCAGUUCGUCAACCUCAACAGUUCAACUUUCUACAUCGCCUUCUUCUUGGGAAGAUUUACAGGCCGACCCGGUGCUUAUCUACGCCUCAUCAAUCGCUGGAAACUGGAAGAAUGCCACCCCAGUGGCUGUCUCAUUGACCUCUGUAUGCAGAUGGGGAUCAUCAUGGUGCUAAAACAGACCUGGAACAAUUUCAUGGAGCUCGGCUACCCGCUGAUCCAGAACUGGUGGACACGGCGGAGGCUGCGGAGAGAGCACAGACAGAAAGCCAAGGCCAGCUUCCCCCAGUGGGAGAGGGAUUACAACCUGCAGCCAAUGAAUGCCUAUGGACUCUUUGAUGAAUACUUAGAAAUGAUUCUACAGUUUGGCUUCACCACCAUCUUUGUAGCCGCUUUCCCUCUGGCCCCUCUCUUAGCGCUGCUGAACAACGUCAUCGAGAUUCGUUUAGACGCCUACAAGUUCGUCACACAGUGGCGGCGACCUCUGCCCUCACAAGCCAAAGACAUAGGGAUCUGGUACGGCAUUCUGGAGGGCAUCAGCAUCUUGUCUGUCAUCACCAACGCCUUUGUCAUUGCUGUUACCUCAGACUUUAUCCCUCGCCUUGUUUACGCCUACAAGUACGGACCUUGUGCUGGUCAGGGUCGAGCAGGGGAGGGGUGUAUGAUCGGUUACGUCAACGCCAGUCUCUCAGUGUUUAAGGUGUCUGACUUUGAGACGAGAUCAGAGCCUAUGACUAAUGGCUCCGAGCUGUUUGGAGAAGCUGUUAAGCAUUGUAGGUAUCGGGACUACAGGGAACCUCCAGACACUGCUGAGCCCUACUCAUACACUCUACAGUUCUGGCACGUCCUGGCAGCCCGGCUAGCAUUCAUCAUCGUUUUUGAGCACAUGGUCUUUGCCAUCAAGACCCUGAUCGCGUACCUGAUCCCCGACCUCCCCAAGGACCUGCGGGACAGAAUGCGCAGAGAGAAAUACCUGAUCCAGGAGAUGAUGUAUGAGGCCGAGUUAGAGAGACUGCAGAGGGAGAAAAACGAGAAGAAGAAGAAAUACAGGGCCCAUCACAAGGAAUGGCCCUGAAAUGCACCAAAUGGUUAUCGGCUGGUGUUCGGUUUUUCCACUGCACAGUAGAGGAAGGAGAGGAGCGCUGGGGUUCCUGCAUGAUACUGGACCCUCAUAUCUUCCUCCUGCCGUGUCAGUCCAGCGCCCCCUAGCGGACAGUUGAUGAACUGCCCCACCCAGUAACCACAGGGCCCGUGUGUCCGCAUUCAGUACGGACGUCCUCUCGAACAGUUUGGCAGUGGGUUUUGCUACCUUUUCUUUUUUUUUCUCCAGAUUCUACCACUUUGGACUCUCAACAGCGUAUGUCUUCAGACCCUGAAUGUAGAUUUCAAGCAAGACUACACUUUUACAGAUGUCUCGUUUUGGACGAGAGAAAUGACUCUACUGGGCUUACUGAAUGACAAACCCUGUUUACAUGUCUCCUUCUUUGAGGGGUUCACGUAUUGAUUUAUUGUAAAUAAAGAUAUUUAAA